AUGGGUGAUGAGAGUAGGGAGAAGGGUGAUGAGAGAAGGGAGAAGGGAGAUGGGAGUUGGGAGAAGGGUGAUGAGAGUAGGGAGAAGGGUGAUGAGAGUAGGGAGAAGGGUGAUGAAAGUAGGGAGAAGGGUGAUGAGAGUAGGGAGAAGGGUGAUGAGAGUAGGAAGAAGGGAGAUGAGAGUAGGGAGAAGGGUGCAGAGAGUAGGGAGAAGGGUGAUGAGAGUAGAGAGAAGGGUGAUGAGAGCAGGGAGAAGGGUGAUGAGAGUAGGGAGAAGGGUGAUGAGAGUAGGGAGAAGGGUGAUGAGAGUAGGGAAAGGGGUGAUGAGAGUAGGGAGAAGGGUGAUGAGAGUAGGGAGAAGGGAGAUGAGAGUAGGGAGAAGGGUGAUGAGAGUAGGGAGAAGGGUCAUGAGAGAAGGGAGAAGGGAGAUGAGAGUAGGGAGAAGGGUGAUGAGAGUAGGGAGAAAGCAACUUCAGCUUGGAAGCGCAUGGGUGAUGAGAGUAGGGAGAAGGGUGAUGAGAGAAGGGAGAAGGGAGAUGAGAUUAGGGAGAAGGGUGAUGAGAGUAGGGAGAAGGGUGAUGAGAGAAGGGAGAAGGGUGAUGAGAGUAGGGAGAAGGGAGAUGAGAUUAGGGAGAAGGGUGAUGAGAGUAGGGAGAAAGGUGAUGAGAGUAGGGAGAAGGGUGAUGAGAGUAGGGAGAAGGGUGAUGAGAGUAGGGAGAAGGGUGAUGAAAGUAGGGAGAAGGGUGAUGAGAGUAGGGAGAAGGGUGAUGAGAGUAGGAAGAAGGGAGAUGAGAGUAGGGAGAAGGGUGUAGAGAGUAGGGAGAAGGGUGAUGAGAGUAGAGAGAAGGGUGAUGAGAGCAGGGAGAAGGGUGAUGAGAGUAGGGAGAAGGGUGAUGAAAGUAGGGAGAAGGGUGAUGAGAGUAGGGAAAGGGGUGAUGAGAGUAGGGAGAAGGGUGAUGAGAGUAGGGAGAAGGGAGAUGGGAGUAGGGAGAAGGGUGAUGAGAGUAGGGAGAAGGGUGAUGAGAGUAGAGAGAAGGGUGAUGAGAGUAGGGAGAAGGGUGAUGAGAGUAGGGAGAAGGGUGAUGAGAGUAGGGAGAAGGGUGAUGAGAGUAGGGAGAAGGGAGAUGAGAGUAGGGAGAAAGGUGAUGAGAGUAGGGAGAAGGGAGAAGGGUGA